AGAAAUUCCUCAAGCUGAGUCAUGGUCCAUGAACAGUUGGUAGUCUUGAAGGCCAAGUAAUGGAGCAAACUCGAAAAUCAAUUCAAAGACACGUAGAUAGAUAAUAUUAUAUUAGAUUUGUUUCUGAGCUAUGUUCUCUAUUUGAUUUCAUAGGACUUGAUCUUAUCUUGCCUUGGAGAAAAUUUCUAUUUGAUUUCAUGGGACUUCUUUUCUUAAUAUGCAUCUACUAUUAUAUUAACAUGAAUUUGUUUCGAUCAUGGAAGGAUGACGUUAAUUUGUAGUUUUUAGCCGUUUAAUAUAAAAUUUAUUUGGUUAAUUAUAACAUCAGAAUGACAUUAAUGGCGGAUUUGACACGAAAGUGAAUCCAGAGAAGGGAAGAUUACAGACCAUAAAUAAGUGGUAGCGGUUUCAGAGUCUUGAGGAACUCCCGAUAUUGAUGUUUGAUCUCCUUUCUUCUUUGAAACCACAAACUUCAGCUUCUUAUACUGGCGUUUCUCAUGGCUGCAGUAGCGGUGAUGUCUGCACUGGAGGAGCUUACGCCAUUCUUCGCAAAUGAGGUGCAACUGAUGACGAGUAGUCGAGAAGAAGCUGUUUACGUGCGCACAGAAUUGGAGCGCAUGAAGGUGUUCUUGAGAGUCGCCGACUGUUUGGAAGAGACUGAUGAAGAAGUUAGAGUUUGGGUGAAGCAAAUCAGAGAUGUCGCUCACGAUAUCGAAGAUGUUCUGGAUGAGUUCUCUCUUCUUCUUGCUCACAAUCAUGGUGAUGGUAUCUACGGCUUUUUGCACAAGCUUUCGUGUUGUGUUAAGAACAUGAAGGCUCGUUAUCGCUUAGGGUACGAAAUCCAAGGCAUCAACAUGAGAAUCAAAAGAAUUUGUGAGGGACAACAGAGACUCCGGCAGAAAUUCCGAGCAGCUCAACAGGCUGCUUCGAGCUCGACCAAUACAUGGAACGAUCGUCGCGGAGACGCCCUUCUUUUAGACGAGACUGAUUUGGUUGGCAUUGAUGAGCCUAAAAAGAAAGUGGCGGAGUUGCUGGUAAGCGGUGGUUCAGGCCGCCAAGUGGUUUCGCUGGCAGGGAUGGGAGGGAUGGGCAAAACCACUCUGGCGAAACAAGUCUAUGACGAUCGAAAAGUGAAGAAACACUUCAAAACCCAUGCCUGGAUUACUGUUACAAGAAACUACAAGAUGGAGGAGCUUCUAAAAGAUAUGGUUCAGCAGCUUUUUCGAGAGAUCAGAAAGUCGGUUCCAAAGGCUGUGGAGACGAUGAGCAGUUAUGAAUUGAAGAAAAUAAUAAAGGAUUUUCUUCAGGAGAGGAGGUACUUGAUUGUUCUUGAUGACGUGUGGCAUAUAAAUGAUUGGGAUGCGGUGAAAUAUGCUUUGCCCACCAACAAUUGCGGCAGCCGAGUGAUGCUCACUACGCGUAAUGUUGAUUUAGCCUUCACUUCGAGGAUAGAAUCCGAAGGUCGAGUCUAUAAUAUGCAGCCAUUGCCUCUGGAGGAAUCCUGGAAACUUUUCUGCACCAAAACCUUUCAUGGAAACACAAACACUUGUCCUCCUCACCUGGAGGAAAUAUGUAGGUGUAUUUUAAAGAAAUGUGAAGGGCUUCCUCUUGCGAUAGUUGCGAUUGGUGGGGUUUUGGCUGCGAAAGAUUGGCGAAGGAUUGAUGAAUGGGAGAUGGUUCGCCGGAGUCUUGGUGCUGAGUUAGAGGGCAAUGACAAACUCAAGAAUUUGAAGAAAGUUUUGUCUCUCAGCUUCAAUGAUUUACCGUGCUAUUUAAAAGCAUGUUUUCUUUACUUGAGCAUCUUUCCUGAAGAUCAUUUAAUCGAACCAAAUAUUCUGGUUCGGCUGUGGACUGCUGAAGGAUUCGUUGAAGCUAAAGAAGGAAAGACCCUAGAAGAAGUUGCGGAGGAAUACUUCAGUGAGCUCUUGAACAGAAGCCUGAUGGAAGUGGUUGGAACAACAAGCGAUGGCAGAGUCAAGCACUGCAGAAUUCACGACCUUCUGAGGGAAAUCAUAAUCGCAAAGUCCAGAGAGCACAACAUUGCAGCCAUAGCUAAAGAACACGUCAAUCAGAACGCAAUAUGGCCAGAAAAAGUUCGACGAUUAUCAGUUCACAAUACACUGCAAAAUAUUCAACAAAACUGGUGUGUUAACUCAUCUCAAUUGCGUUCUCUGUUCAUGUUUGGGAUAGUUGAAAAGCCAUGCUUGCACGCACUUUUUCCAAGUGGCUUCAAGCUUCUUGGAGUCCUAGACAUGCGAGGCACACCAGUCACAAAAUUUCCCAUUGAAGUUGUAAACUUGUAUUAUUUGAAGUACCUGAGCUUGAGAGACACCAAGGUGAAAACCAUUCCAAGAUACAUAGGGAAGCUUCAGAACCUGGAGACAUUAGAUCUUAAACAUGCUUAUGUCACUGAAUUGCCAUCUGAGAUACUCAACCUCAAAAACCUUCGGCAUCUGAUGGUCUACCGAUAUGAAUACGAGUCUUAUACUCAUUCUAAAUUUGGAUUCAAAAGUUUAGAGAAGAUUGGUGUUCUUCAAUCUUUACAAAAGCUCUGUUUUAUCGAGGCAACCCAUGUUGGAACACUGCAAGAGCUUGGCAAGUUGAUCCAACUUAGAAGACUCGGUGUUCUAAAGUUGAGAAAACAAGAUGGGAGAACACUGUGUUCAUCUGUCGAACAUCUGACAAACCUUCGGGCAUUGUCGAUAAUUUCAACAGAUGAAAACGAGAUUAUUGAUCUUCAACACCUUAACCAUCCACCUCAAUUCCUUCAAAGAGUUUAUUUGACAGGACGGCUGGAGAGUCUACCUCAUUGGAUAACUUAUCUUCACAGUUUGGUUAAACUUUAUCUGAAAUGGAGCAGAUUACAGGAAGAUCCAAUGGUGUUUCUACAAAAUCUUCCAAAUCUUGUUCACCUCGAACUGCUUCAGGUCUACGAAGGAGACACGCUCUGCUUCAUGGCUGGUGGGUUCAAGAAGUUGAAGCAACUGGGUCUGGACAAAUUUGAUGAGCUGAGAUUUGUUGAAAUACAAGAGGGAGCAAUGCCAGGCAUUGAAAAGCUUAGCAUUCAGCGGUGUAAGUCACUGCAGAAAGUGCCGCUAGGAAUUGAGCAUCUGAGCGAGUUGAAAGUACUUGAGUUUUUUGAUAUGCCAAAUAAAUUGCUAAAGACGAUUUGCCGAGAUGAAGAAGGCGAAGAUUAUUGGAGAGUUGCACACAUUCCUGAAGUGUAUUCAACCUACUGGAGAAGCGGGGGAUGGGAAGUUUAUUCACUGGAGAGUUUUAGUGAAGGGGAAAAUGCUCCACUGCUUAACACAAUCAUAAGCAACAGUGAACUUCAGACCCGUUGGAAGUAGUUUACUGAAGUCGUUUCAACAAUAAGUAAUGUGUCGUUUCAGCUGUACAGCAUAUGUAUAAGAAUCCUUUUUAUUUAGUUUGUAAAUAACAAGAAAAAUAAAUGUAUAUAUCUUGAAAUGUUUCUUCACAAUUCCAUCCUUAUAUAAACUUGUUUUAGUACCA